GGAAGAAAGGUUAGAUACCUGCUUGUAUUUUUUUUUGAAAUGGGAUGGUCUUCAAACUCCCGAGAUGCAGUCUAGACUGCGGGCUCUCCCCUUUCUGACUGGACUGACUCGGGGAAGGCUCAAUUUGACCUCCUCCGGAGCAUGCUUCACAGCCACUCAUUCGUCCUGACCAAAGAGUAGAAUCUAUCUCUCAGCGAUUCCUUUCUCCGCUAAUCACCCCUUCCCAACCAGCCCCCCCGAUCGAUCGUCGGUUGAUCGGCGAUAGGGGUUGAGAUGGUUCGAAGUUGUCGGAACGAAUCGUUUGUUUGCUUUAUCGAACAAAGCUUGAUUAGGGGGUCGUCGGUUAGCCCCCUAUUUUCAACCAUUACAGCUGGUGUUGACCAGCUUUUCGAUACGGACGGACACGAAGAAAAACGCAGGCAGCGGAAAUGCAAAAGAGAAGAACAAAGAUUCCCGACCCUAAUGACUCAACCACAAAUCUGUUGAAUGAAGGGGGAUUGCUUACUCUCAGCCACUAGUUAGAAGGAAAUCCCUUGACUGAGCAUAAGCUCAGUCAAGUGAGGCGGGUGGAGAUUCCAUUCGAAGUAACAUAACAGGAUUCGUUAAUGCACCAUCUUCAAAAAAAAGCGGGAUCCGGAGUUUUCGAGAAAAGGUCCCAUCCGUCAAUAUCAUGAUUGGGUCGACCAGGCCAGAUCAUAAGUGAAAUAUCAUGAUCGGGUCGACCAGGUCAGGCCCGAUCAUGAGUGAAUAGAAAAUCUAAAACGUACAUUGCUGUUCCAGCGGAAAUACUUGGUUUAAUUCUACCACUUCUACUAGGAGUAGCCUUUUUAGUGCUAGCUGAACGUAAAGUAAUGGCUUUUGUGCAACGUCGAAAGGGUCCUGAUGUAGUGGGAUCGUUCGGAUUGUUACAACCUCUAGCAGAUGGUUCGAAAUUGAUUCUAAAAGAACCUAUUUCACCAAGUAGUGCUAAUUUAUCCCUUUUUAGAAUGGCUCCUGUGGCUACAUUUAUGUUAAGUCUGGUCGCUUGGGCCGUUGUACCAUUUGAUUAUUGUAUGGUAUUGUCAGAUCCGAACAUAGGGCUACUUUAUUUGUUUGCCAUAUCUUCGCUAGGUGUUUAUGGAAUUAUUAUAGCGGGUUGGUCUAGUAAUUAGGGGGGCGGCCGUUCGGUCGCCUAUGAUAGACGGACCAAUUGGUCAAAAAAGGUUUGUGCCGCAGGUGUUGAACGAUCUACUCUACACAGGUGUGGGCUUACAGGGCUAGGGCUCAUAAACCCUUUCUUUCAUCAAGAGG